AUGGCUUUGUUGAAAGACCCUAAACAAGAAGCCAUUGGUUCAUUAAGCCUGAACUUCGGAUCAGGGACCAUUGGUUCUGAAGAAAUGGACUUCGGAAAGAUUUUUACAGGAGGCUACUUCAAAUAUCAUAUGUCUCUUUUUGGGGAUAUAUUUAAUACUAUGGAAACGUUAACUACUCCUGCAUUGUGCAAAUCAUAUUUUUUAAAAAAUAAUGAAGAUGAGUAA